GCGAGUGAGCCUUUGUAAUGAAAGAAGGUGCUUCUAUGACUUGCUGUUAGUCGUUCUGUUGUGAUGAAACUCUUACACGGUAUUGGACGGUAACUUUUACCUUCUUGUGACAUUUGAAAGCACUAGCUGUUCAUAACAAACUACUGCACCGAUUUACUUUGUAGCAUUUAUUGAUGUAAGUUAGUCACAGAGUCGAGCGGGAGGCCCGUAUGAAAUAUGUGUGAUUAAGAAUCUGACAAACAGUUAAGUGAGGUGUAACUGCCGGCCAGAGCCAACGUUAAGUUUAAACUUGAAAGAUGGGGGACAGUUUGAUGUUGGCGAUGGUGACGACACUCGGCGUGGUAGUGGCGGCGUCAGACUACAACUACUCCCACGUGCUGGAACUCUCUCUCUUGUUUUAUGAGGCUCAGAGAUCGGGGAAACUUCCAACAGAUAACAGAGUAUCCUGGAGGGGAGAUUCUGCAUUAGAUGACCGUGGACAAAAUGGCGAAGACCUCACGGGAGGUUACUAUGACGCUGGAGACUUCGUCAAGUUCGGAUUCACGAUGGCAAGCACCACUACGCUUCUGGCAUGGGGUUAUCUCUCCUAUAGAGACGCUUACGAAUCAGCAGGGCAAGCCAAGUACGGACUGAGCACCAUCAAGUGGGCGGCAGAUUACUUCAUCAAGUGCCACGUGAGCCCAAACGAAUUGUACGGCCAAGUGGGGGACUUCAACCUGGAUCACACCUUCUGGGGCCGACCAGAGGACCUCAGCAUGUCAAGACCAGCCUACAAGAUCGACACUCAGCACCCAGGUUCAGACCUUGCCGGAGAGACUGCGGCGGCAUUGGCUGCAGUGGCCUUGGUGUUUCGCGACGUGAACCCUGGCUACUCCAGCAAGUGUCUAGAGCAUGCCAAACAGCUGUAUCGCUUCGCCAGCCAGUACAGGGGUCUUUACCAUGAGGCCAUCAAAGGAGCCGCGCAAUACUAUGAAUCCACGGACUAUGGAGACGAACUGACGUGGGCCGCAGCGUGGCUGUACAAGGCGACGGAUGACCCCCUGUUCCUGGACGAAGCAGAACACCACUACAUGAAGUUCCGGCUGAAGGAACGGCCCAACGAGUUCUUCUACAACAAGAAAGUGGCCGGUGUGCAGAUCUUGCUGGCGCAGCUGACGAGGCAGCCUGAGUACAUGGAGGCGGCACAGGCUUUCUGCGACUUCACGGUCGACUACCAGAAGAGGACCCCUAAGGGACUUGUCUACAUAGACAAGUUCGGGACCUUGUGCCAUGCUGCGAACGUUGCUUUCGUGUGCCUGCAGGCAGCGGACGCAGGCAUCUCUCCUACCAAAUACCGCGAGUUCGCCCGUCGACAGAUCGACUACAUGCUGGGCGAUUCGGGGCGGAGUUACGUGGUGGGCUUUGGUUACAAUUAUCCGAAGGAGCCUCAUCAUGCUGCUAGCUCGUGCCCCACGCGGCCAGCACCAUGCGGUUGGGACGCUUUCAAGUGGCCCCGGGAGAACCCGCAACUACUGAAGGGCGCUCUGGUUAGCGGGCCCGACGAGAAUGAUUACUACAAGGAUAAACGCGAGGAGUACGUAUACAACGAGGUGACCCUCGACUACAACGCGGGCUUCCAGUCUGCUGUUGCAGGUCUGCGGCGGCUCCAAUUGGAAGGCAUCGACAACAACAGGACGUAGAUAGAGGGCUGGAGGUCGCGCCUACCUUGCUCGAAUAUUAUAGAAUUCAAGUCAAAUUGAAUUCUGUGUACACUUGAUUGCGAAGAAAUUAGUGUGUGCCAUCAUCAUGUUUGUUUCUGCACAGUAGGGCUGGUGAGAUUUAUUGCCUGCUGGUGCCAAACUUGCCAGUGUCAUAUGGUGACGUCACUCUUUCGUGUUCCGACCUGAUCUAGGAAGACCCUUCUCACAACAUAUUUCAAUUAGUUAUUUUAUUCUGGUCCACCGCUUUCUCGGAUAAGUGAGAGUGUCACUUUAGUAUUUCUUCCAGUCAGUUUUGGCCGUGCUGUUGCGAAGAGAUUCUGUCUGAAGAACAAGAAAUCAUUAUACCGCUCAUCAUAAAUUUGAGUAACUUUGACAUAUCAAACAACACCACAAUUUCACUUAUUUUUAAUUAAACGGCUGUGGAAGAUUGUGAUGUUUGUUCAUAAGUAAUCAAGUUCAGUUUAUAAGAAUAUGUCUGGACCGUUAUGCUUUAUAUUAAACGUUAAAAAAGGGCCUCUGAAGACGAUCGUAUAGAAACUAAACAUGCGAGGCGAUUUUACUCACUCAGCCUUUUGGCAAAGUUCGUUACACUAGAUGGUUGUCUUGUGCUUAAACAAUUAACCAAAUUUAGAUUAAACACUACAAGCAGUGAAGAACAGAACCAAGGCUAUGUUAUUGCGGCGGCCCGGGUUCGAUUCCGGGGUCUGGUCAAGUUGGAUUUGUGGUGGACAAAGUGGCACUGGGUCGGGU